CAGCUCAUUCUACAUUUUGCAUUCCUUUGGUUGUCAAUGAUAAGUCAAAUUGCAGCAUCAAACAACAGGACCUAAGAGCUCAUUUGCUUAGAAAAGCAAGUUUAUUUAUAUGGGAUGAGGCUCCAAUGAUGCAUAAACAUUGUUUUGAAGCUUUUGACCGUACUAUGCGAGAUUUGAUGAGGAAGGUAGACGAAGAUAACUUGAACAAACCUUUUGGUGGAAAGGUUGUUAUUUUGGGUGCUGAUUUUAGACAAAUUUUACCUGUGAUUAGAAAAGGGUCUAGACGUGCUAUUAUUAAAGCAGCUAUCAACUCUUCUGUUUUGUGGAAAAAUUGCAAGGUUUUAAAGCUAACAAAAAACAUGAGGUUGACAGGUGAUGGUACAAGUCAAAGUGCAACUGAACUCAAAGAAUUUGCAAACUGGAUUUUGAAGAUUGGAGAUGGUGACAUGGAUCUUGAUGAAGAAGGAUCGUGUAAUAUAGACAUUCCUGAGGAGUUAUGCAUUCCUCAAUGUGAUAAUCCUUUGCAAGCACUAAUUGACUUUGUUUAUCCUAAUGUUGUGGAUAACCUUUGCACUCCUAGGAUGUUCGAAGAAAAGGCAAUUCUUGCUCCAACUCUUGAUUGUGUGGAACAAGUCAAUGAUUAUGUUUUGUCUCUUAUACAGGGUGAAUCCGUAGAAUAUCUAAGUUCAGAUACCCCUUGCAAAUCUGAUGAAAACUUUGAUGUUCAGGGCGAUUGGUUUACGUCUGAAUUCUUGAAUGAUAUAAAAUGUUCAGGUAUACCAAAUCAUCGUUUGACAUUGAAGGUCAGAGUUCCUAUCAUGCUUUUAAGAAACAUGGAUCAAACAAGUGGUUUGUGUAAUGGAACAAGGUUGCAAGUGAAUGCUCUUGGUAAAACUAUCAUUACAGCGACUGUUAUUGCCGGUAAAUCUAUUGGUGACAAGGUAUUAAUACCAAGGAUAGAUUUGACCCCUUCGGAUUCUGGAUUUCCAUUCAAAUUCACACGAAGACAGUUUCAUGUUUCAUUGUGUUUUGCUAUGACAGUUAACAAAAGUCAAGGACAAUCGUUGUCUGAGGUAGGACUGUAUCUACCUCGAUCUGUCUUUACACACGGUCAAUUAUAUGUUGUUGUAUCUAGAGUAACAACUAAAAAAGGUUUGAAGAUGUGCAUUUUGGAUGAAGAUGGAAAGACUCAAACUUCAACUAUCAAUGUGGUUUUUCCGGAAGUUUUUGAUAACCUUUAGUUUGGUGGAAGCAAAAGGAAGCAUAAAGAGAUUGGUAGAACAUCUUCAAGUCAAUGGAUAUUGCAUCGAACUAAAUGUUGUGUUUUGAAGUUAUGUAAUAUUAUAACAACUCGACAAAUUUUUAAUGUUUUCUAUUAGGUUGCCAGUAUGAUUAUGCAUUCUAUUUUGGUUCUACAUAGAAAUAAUGCAUAUUUUUUUGAAUUGUGUAAUAUUAAGGCAAAUUUCACAAAUACUGAAAUCUUAUUUGCCCGGCGAAUUCUAUAU